GAAGAAGCUUGUGUGUUAUCGGUGCUGACAGGCUAAUUUACGGAUUUUCUCCUCCAUUUCAGCUGUGAUUCUCUCGUAAAUUAUACAAAAACCACACGUUGUUUUCUUUCUAAGUGGUCUGAUUGAUGUUUAACCAAUUAGUUCAACGAGGGAUCUCCAUUCAGAAUGUUAUCACCGGCAAUUCUGGGCUCAGAGUAAAUCCGUCAAAUUCUUGUUGCUCGGGAACCUGUCGAAAUGACAGAGCAAUUAAAUAACAACGAAACUCUAUUUUCUUUCGAACUAUUGGUGGAAUAUAUCAGAUUAGACAAAACCAUAAAAUGUCUAAAUUAUUCCGAUGAAUUAGCCCUCGGUGUGAGACUACUAGACUUCCCAACUCUGCUCAUCUAUCAACCAGAAACGUCUACUCCACUGCUCGAACAACGGCUCCAUGAUGAUGAUGACGAGGACAUUGAGAAGGAAAACCAGCUCUAUCAAGCCCAUGACACGUUUAAAUACCCUUUCAACAAAGGCAAGUCGUGUUUGUUCAAAACCCACCUGGACUCCCUCCACACCCACCUAUCCAACACUCCUCUGCACGCUGUGGUCCUGGAUAUGAGGGGAGAGAUUCCCAAUUUGAUAGGCAGCUCGCUGGUGUCUCUGGUCAGGUUGAUAGACUGUAUCAGGUGUGAUGUGGAGGUUCAUGGUAUCUCCUCUCCCUCUUCCCAAGGAGAGAAAGGACUUGUUGAUUUAUUUAAUCUCAUGGGGGAGAAAAUAGGUGUUAUUUCUUUGGGAUAUAAUCUGUUCAGUCUGGGAAGUAGUUCAUUACCACAUAUACCUGAUAACAGGGUAUUGCCAGUUGGUAUUACACACGGGACGGAAUCUAUGAAAUCAAUAGAACAUUUACAGGUCGAUCAUGGGGAAGGAACGAUGCAACCACUUGACUUGGACAUUGACAACACGCCUUCCAAGGUCCUUUAUCAGAAUAUUCAUAUAAAUGGCAAGCCCAGUGAGAUAGUGGUGUCAGAAGCAGGGCAGGCUGUUACAGUUUCAACUGCCACUCAAACAGAACAUUCUAGAAGGAAGCGGCAUCACCGAAUACUCAGAGUGGCUGCUAUUGAUAAGGAGCAUGAUGAGGGAAGCCUCCGUGUUCAGCCCCCAUCUCUUUACUACAGCAGUCCUGUAGAACAACAACAGGAGAAUGAGCCAGACCAGUACAGGGUGUUAGAUAUGGAGUCUCUCAGGGUAGAGGAUCUGGACUUGGGGAAUGAGGAGACACAGGUUCCUGCUACGGACCACAGGCGUAGACUGAGACAGGAUGUGGUUAUGGAGUCUAGAGGCAGGGAAGAGAGGGGACAGCACCAACCCCAGCAGACAGCAUCUAUCCUAGGGGAGGCUCUGAGACCGCUCCCUCUAUUGAACACCUUGCUAGUUGAGCUCGCCCAGCUGAGUGGACAGAGUCAGACCCAGCUCCAGCAGCUCUUCUCCGUCCACCCCAACCUAGCAUGGAUCUACAGGCUGCUGACAGAGCCUUCUAAUGGACAGGCGGACUGGCCUCAGUCCCAGGGCCUACGAGACACCACAACAUCACCACAGAGAGACAGGCAGUCUCCUUGCCCAGUGGUUCCCAAACUAUGGGUCGGAGCUAGCCCCAGAGUGAAGAACAGACCGCUUCAGGAACAAUGCAGCACUACCACACAAAGUUCUAUCAGAAAAACAAACUGGGAGAAUACAAUGAGUGGCAAUACAGUGUCCAAGUCCUCGCCCAAGAAGAAGUUAGGUUUUGGAAUGACAAAAACGUUCCGCCUAAGAAUGAAGCAGGUUAAACCUUGUGGGAUGAAAUGCCACCUCCACGAGUGCAGAAAGCAACAGACAGACAAACAGACACUCAACACCAAGGGUCCUGGAAGGAAGUCCAACAACACUAACAGUCAAACAGAUCAACCUAUAGAUGGGAGGAAGCUACUCAAUAGGAAUGAUAUUCUAAAUGAGAACAUUGCGACUGCGAUAAGUAGCCUGGACAGAGACUGUGGACGGCAGGGAUACAUCUCAACUAGAACCCAGCAGGAACUAACAAACACAUUCACAACUAGUGUCAAUGCAGAGGAUUCUUACUGUAAGAGAGAUGACUCCUCCCAGAGAUUACCAGAACAGAAAGCAUCAUCCCAUUCCAAGCAGGACAGUCACAGUAAACUGUGGGUGCAUAUUCCCAGUGUUGAUCACACAGAGGAGGUGUUACGGAGUGGAGAGUACGACCAUGCUGACUCUGACAGCAGAGGAGACGGGGAUGAGACUCCAAGAGGCCCCAAACCCAGACCACACCUUUCAGACUCUGGCCACAAGCCCCACAUGUCAGACACCAGAAAGAAGCACCAAACCCAGACCACACUUUCAGAACUCUGGCACAAGCCCCACAUUUCAGACACCAGAAGAUGCCCAAACCCAGACCACACCUUUCAGACUCUGGCCACAAGCCCCACAUGUCAGACACCAGAAUAUGCCCCAGACACAACACCCCCACUCUGCCUCCAGCAGUGAUAGGUUGGACAGUGUGGGUGCAGUAGAGUACCUGGAAUGAUUUCAGCAGUCUAGACCCUACUGGUGGUGAGGGUACUCACUUCAACUGACCUCAGUAGCCCUGAACUGUUGGGGGUCGGAGGACAGGGGGAGG